CCCUUAUCGCUCCCCUCUCACCGCUUUCGGCACUUCAUGGCCCGGUGAUCCAUCGCAGAGCGGACGCCUGGCGCCCUGGAUGGACACCUGGCAAGGCCGAUCCUCCUCUUCCAGCUUACCCCGCUCCUCGUUGCUUCCGGUGAAUGCCCAGGGCGACUUCGAGCAAGCUGAUGAGUAUUUCCGGGUGGUCAUUCGAGUACGUCCUCCUCUGGACCGAGAGCUUACUUCACCAGUUUGGCAGCACGUGGUGUCCGUGCCAACGAACUCGCAGAUUUGCCUCUAUGAGACAAUCGCGGAGGUGAAUGCCGGGGAUCGAGCGAGUGGAACAACUCAGGUUGUCAACACUCAUACGUUCUCCUUUGAUUAUGUGUAUGAUCAGGACGCAUCUCAGCCAGAGGUCUAUGAGAAUGCUGCCAGGCCAUCCGUGCAGUCUGCGCUGCAGGGCUACAACGCCACGGUGGUGGCGUAUGGCCCCACGGGGACUGGGAAGACCUACACCAUGGAGGGCAGCCGCUGGCACACGGGCAUCAUCCCCCGGUCCAUGGAGGACAUUUUUCAGAACGUCACGAGGAGCGAGCAGUCCACCUUCCAGGUGCGAGCCUCCUACCUGCAGAUCUACAACGAGGUGAUUUCCGACCUGCUGAAGCCGGACCGCAGCCACCUCAUGAUCCGUGAAGACAAGAGAAGAGGAGUCUUCGUGGAAGGGCUUUCCGAGUGGCUGUGCCGCAGCCCUGAUGAGGUCGAGACGCUCAUGGAGCACGGCUCCGCUGCCCGCGCCACGGCGCAGACGGGGGCCAACGACACCUCGAGCCGCUCCCAUGCGGUCUUCAUCAUCGUGGUGGAACGGUCGGACCCCAGCAGCCGCGUCACGGGGCGUUUGAACCUUGUGGACCUCGCGGGCUCCGAGCGGCCACGCGUCACAGGUGCGACUGGGCAGCGCUUGGAGGAAACCAAGAAGAUCAAUCAGAGCCUGUCGGCCCUGGGCAACGUCAUCGCGGCGCUGACGGAGCGCAAGGCUCGGUCCCACGUGCCCUACCGGGAUAGCAAGCUCACGCGGCUCCUGGAGGACUCCUUGGGGGGCAACUGCCGGACCACCAUGAUGGCCAUGGUGUCCCCGGCGGCGGAAGCCUUCGCCGAGUCCUUGUCCACCUUGAAGUUCGCGCAGCGGGCCAAAGGUGUCCUCACGACCCCCCAGGUGAACGAGGACUUGGACCCUCGGCUCCUGGCAAGAAGAUACGAAGCAGAGAUCCGUCGCCUGCGCACGGAACUGGCAGAGCGGGAUGCUGCGAAAGGGUGGCCGGCGGCAUUGAAGGCUGAGGACAUGUUUGAUCCUUCGCAGCUGAUGAAGUCCGAAGCUAGCACGCUUCGCACAGACUUCUCAGGCGGCAGGACGAAAGGCUCAGAGGAAGAGAAGGCGCAAGUGGGUCGAUACAAGCAGCUCCUCCUAAAGCAGCGCGAUAUCAUGAUCGCCCUUACGCAGCGGCUGCACGAGCGCGAUGAGACCAUCAUCGGCCUGCAGGCUGAACUGGAUUCCCGCGAUCACCGAGCCAAUGAGCUCCAAGAACGGCUCGAGCGGCAGGCGAUGCGGCUGGCCGCAGCUGAGAAGGCCCUGCAGGCCUCCUCCAAGGCCAACAUGGCCUCCGGCCCAGGGCUCUUCCCCCGGCAGCCGCCCCCGGUGUCGAAGCAGCCCGCGCUGCCGGAGGCGCCCUCGCCCAAGGCCUCGCCGGACUCCUCGCCGCGGGCCGCGCAGGUUCUUGAGACGGACCGCUUGCCACGGCACCUGCCGGAAAGUCGGAUAGACUCCCCGACGGCUUCGCAGAGAGGCCUCCCGAGAUCCGCUGACACGAGUGCAGCCAAGUGGGGCCACGGGCUGCUCAACGCAGACGACAAGGUCCUGGAGCUGACGUCCUUACUGGAGACGCAGCGCCAGGAGAACCAUAGGAUGAAGCUGGAGCUGGAGUCCAUGCAAGACGCUCCCCGGAAAACAAACCCGUCCGUGGCGAGCACUAUGGCGAGCCUCAGCGGUAGCGAUGCCACUGGCCAUUACUCCGACUUCCUGGGCCGCUUCCGUGAACGGGCUACGCGAAGCAAGCGGGAUGAGCAGGAUCGGUUUCGCUGGCAGCCAUCUCCCGCCCGCAGCAGUAGCAUUCCAGCCCGGGCUGGGUUUUAGCCUGGGCUGGGCUCUUUCCCUUGCAGCGAAGCUGCGCUGCGAGAAAACACCAUCGAUGCGGGGUUCACGAACCGGCGGGUCUUUGAGCUGCGGUCAGGAUGUGUAAAGCUUGGGAAGCAUCAGCUGAGCUGUGUCAACGGCAGCCUUCCGAAGCGUUGGUGUACAGGACCCCUCGCCUACCAAGUUUGUUGAGUGACCUACUUCAAGCCAUUUGGGUCAUUUGACAGGCACAGGGCCUUCGGAUUUGCAUCAGGGCCAACACAUGUUGUCUCCGAAUCGAUUCUAGCUUUGCCUCGGCAAGACGCCGGCCAGACGGGCAAGGCGACGGGUUCAAAAGCAUCGAUGCCUCGCAGAAUUCAGGAAAGAUCUUGUGCAUCCGCUGGGUUUGCCUUGCAGCCUUUGCCGUGCCGUGGACCGACGGGUCAGCUGCUCGCACUGCGAGGUCCAAUUUCCC